AUGAGAGAUAUUACCCCAACUGAGCGCGAGGGUCGUCUGGGAAUUCUCUCUAUCAGCCCAUGGCUCCCACCCUCACUUCCAAUUCCUCUCUCUUCACCACCACGCCCCAUUCGAGACCGAACCCCAGGAAUCCAAGGCUCAGAGUCAUUGCCAAGAAGUCCGGAUCCUUCCCUCCCCUUCGGCUGGGCAAACCCCGAGACGAUCCUUCUUCUGAAGGAGGAGCACAGCCCGAGACCCCCGCCAAUUCCAACCCUUUUCGUUUUAGCUUUGGCAAGUUACCUGAUGUGACAUCUUUGAUCCCACUUCCCAGUAACCCCACUUCGCCGGGUUUGUCAUUCGGCAACCCCAAGCGCAAGGACCCUGCUACAGUGUUUGUUGCCGGCGCGACAGGGCAGGCCGGUAUUCGCAUUUCACAGACACUGCUUAGGCAAGGUUUCAAUGUCAGAGCCGGUGUCCCCGAACUUGGUUCUGCUCAAGAAUUGGCUCGUCUUGCUGCUGAAUAUAAGGAAGAAUCAAAGCGCCUCAAUGCAGUACAAUCGAGCUUCGAAGAUGCCGAAUCAAUAGCCAAAGCAAUAGGCAAUGAGCAGGUAGUUGUCACAAUUGGUCCCGCAGAGAAUGGUCCAACUUCGGAGGUCUCCACAUCGGACGCCGUACAAGUAGUCCAAGCCGCCCAACUGGCCGGCGUCAGCCACGUGGCUAUUAUCUACGACGGGAACACUUCCGGCGCCUCAACUUACAAUGUACUGGAUGGCAUCUCGUCAUUCUUCAACAACCUGUUCUCACGGUCUCAGCCCUUGAGCAUACCAGAGUUCUUGCAGAAAGUGAUUGAGACAGACGUCAGCUAUACCUUUAUCAAGACAAGUUUAACCGAUGAUUUUGCGCCGGAGAGUUCCUAUAAUGUGGUCGUCUCAGGUGAAGGAAGCGCCGGAGAAAACGACUAUAAAGUUGCCAAGUCCAAGAUAGCAUCGCUAGUGGCGGAUGUUUUCUCAAACACAGAAAUAGCAGAAAACAAGGUUGUGGAAGUGUGCACGGAUCCAGAAGCCCCAUUGAAGCGCGUAGAUGAACUCUUCAGGACAAUCCCCGUGGAUGGAAGAAGGGAAGCCUAUGCAGAAGCAGUUAAAAAGGCCAAAGCAGAGGAAGAGGCAAUAGUGGCUGCUGAAAGAGCCCGCGAAGCCGCAGAAGCAACAAAGAAGCUGGAAGAAGAAGUGGAGAAGUUGUCCAAGGAAGAAGCGAGGGCUGCUGGUCUAGCUUCAGAAGCCCAACAGAAGGCCGAGGCUGCCGGGGCCUCUGUAGAUGCCCUCUUGACCAAGGCAAGAGAUUUUGGUGCGGGCAUUUCAUGGCAGAAGUUGAGCUUACAGUUGGCCACCUCGAUGCAGAACCAAAAGUCCGAAGAGGAUGAAAAACCAAAAGUACAGCUUGCCACUGUGAGGGGACAGGCCAAGGCUCGAAGUCUCCCGCCUAACAAGGCAGUGGUUAAGCAACCAAGCGGCCCUACCGCUAAACGAAAGGAGGAUAAGUCAAAGAAAACAGAGAAACGGCGGAGGAGCGUAUUUGGUGGCCUGUUCAAGCAGGAGACCAUCUAUGUUGAUGAUGACUAGUGAUCAUAACUUGAUUGGGGGUAGUUCUCUGGUUUUUAAGGCUAUGUCAUUGCAGGUUAUUUGCUUUGAACUUGUGUCUCUGUAAAGUUGUAUGACUCUGAGCCAGAUAUAUUGCGGACUUCUGCUAGUUCCAGAUUUCUAAUGAGAUUAUGGCCAAGGCAAAAAUAAUCAAUACAGCUAUUUUCCUCGUCUUCUAGGA